GACCUGCCAACCCGCCUCCGCCCUGCAGGCUCCCAGGCCCCUUCUCCGCCUGACGCGGCCGCCGGGGCGCAGCGGCCGGGUCUCCGCGGCCCGUGGCCCCGCGGAAUGCGGAGUCCUCCGCCCGCCUCGGUGCCUCGCGGACUCGUUGUCGUUGCCGCGGCGGAGGGGCCACGGGGGCGGUGCGUCCCGAGACACUGUCCGCGAAACGUUCUCACGUUCCGAGGCGACGGGCGCGAGCUGACCGGGCCGCAGGCCCAGGUGGGCGCAGUCUCCCGCCGCGGCGACGCUUCCGGGGCCGUGGGCCGUCGGGCCGCGUCCGCACGUGUUGCAGGGAAGCCGAAGGCCCUGCCCGUCUUCGUUUUUCUAGGGGCUCUAUUAUUUGUGACCACAAUGAAAAAGUUAGACAGUGAUGAUCCUGUAACUAACAAAUUUCCCAAGCUCAAGAGCUCAAAAGAAUGGUUGGAACCACAGCCACUUUCUUUUAUGGAGGAAUUAGCUGAAGAAGAUAUUGAUGCAGCUAUUAGAUCAAUAUUAUAUAGAGAACACUAUGUAAUUAAGGAACUAGAUAAACGUUUACAACAUCAUGACUUCCUAAAUGCAAGAAGAAAAGAGAUGUUACAUAAAAGAUGGGUUGACAAUGUGGCACAUCCUCUCCAGAAGAAAAUUAUAGAAAAAGUUUGUUCACAUAAUAUUAAACAAAAGAGACAAGAAGAAUUAGAUAAUUUUUUAAAAUAUGUAAAUAAAAAGGGAAACGCAUUUAUAGAGCAUUAUGAUCCCAAAGAGUAUGAUCCAUUUUACAUGACCAAAGAGGACCUGAAUUUUCUGAAGGUUACCAUCCCACCAUUUCGUGAUCCUUUGAAAAAGGCACAAUAUGACAAAGAUAAUGAAAAAAGAACUCUUCUUCAGUGUGAGACUGGCAAAAUAUAUACAAUGAAAGAAUUUAAAGAGAUUGAGAAGGCCAAACUGCAUUCCAGAUUCCCAAGAAUUUCUAAUCCAAGGCACUUUAUGACUCCAAAUGAAUGGCUUAAACUGCCUACACGCUAUAUAGAAAGUGAAUUUUGUAAAAGGAGCAGGUUAAAAGUGAAAGAGAAUUUUAACAGUAGUAGUUUUGAUCUGAAACCCUUGGCAAGAGCUUCUCAUCUUCUGGAAUCCCAGAAAAAAGAAAAAGCAGUUAUUUCCAAAAACAGAAGGUCAUGCUUUCUGGGAAAAGUACCUCUGUGUCAUCAGGAGGGAAAGAAUCCCAGUCCCAAGGAGGCCGACUCUGAAGGGCACCUCUUUUCUUGAACCUCGGCCGGGAGGAAGAAAGGGAUGAGGACCAGGAUGUGGUUUUAGCAACUGAAGGGCACACACCCUGAUCCUUGGCUGCUAAAAGAGGACAAUAAAGAAGGCUGCUUCAAAGGAAGCCAUCUGUCAGCAGGAGUCACUCAGGGUGGGGACCAAGGAAGGCGUUCAAGAAUUGUUCUGUGUCUAAGAAAAGCAUCUGCAAUAAACUUCAACUAAUUUUUGAGUUCAGUGUCUGUAUGAUAAUUAAGAAACCACAACACCAUGUAUUGACAGUUACUGCAAAUGUAUUUUCCCCAGAAGUUAAAAAAUACUUCCCGAAAGAGACAAUAAAAAUAGGAAAGCUA